AUGGAAAUGAACGCUGACCAAAUCUCUUUAUAUCUAUCAUACUGGUAUAUUUUAAGAAAUGCAGUGUACGAUGUAUCAUCACGCUUCGUUAUUGUCAUGGACGAACGUAGUCCUUGUCACAAUGAAAAAAAUGUUGGAAGUAUAUCAUCAUCAGAACAAAUGACAGCUCAAACAGCUGAUAAUUCAGAUGAACAACAAGCACCAAAUGAUAAGACAACUACAUCUGCUGAUAUAUCAAAGGAAAAUGAUACAAAUUCGCAAUAA